UUGCCCUCUGAUUUUGACAUUUAGCUGACGUGUUCGGUCGCUUUAACUUAUAAAUUUCACCAAUUUGCAGCAAAACGAAUACAUUACUUGUUUUGUUGUUUUUUGUUCAUUUUUUAGACUGUAACUAAAAAACGAGCAGACUUAUAAAGAAGAAAGCUGAACGUAAAAAGUUUCCAAAAGACACAAGAGGUUGUAAUGAGUGCAGUGACUGCAAAUUGCAGCAAGUAGUAAAACGAAUUCCCAGGGAUCUAAGAAGUAGUAAAUGCUCUAUCGAAGCACACAAAAAACACAAAGAUGGCACUACUAACUAUGAUUGCGCGUGUAAUUGAUGGACUUCCAUUGGUUGGUACCAUGCAAGAUGACGAGCAGUCUGGGCGCAGUAUACUGGAGUAUCAGAAUCAAGCGAAAAUGCUAUUCAGAAAAUUAGGAUCACAUUCACCGGCGCGCUGUAGUAUCGAAACAGGACCAUACUUAUUCCACUAUCUAAUAGAAAAUGAUGUUUGCUAUCUAGUGAUGUGUGAUAAAAUGUACUCCAAACGUUUGGCCUUCAACUAUUUAGAGGAUUUAGCGCAAGAGUUUCAUGCCAACUAUGGACGGCGUGUCAAUUCCGUGACGCGGCCCUAUGCAUUUAUCGAAUUUGAUGUUUACAUACAGAAAGCCAAAAAACAAUUGACCGAUCGAAGACGAAAUAUAAAUGCAAUUAAUACACAACUACAGGACGUGCAGCGAAUAAUGGUACAAAAUAUUGACGAUGUACUGCAGCGCGGCACAGUGUUGUCAGAAUUGGACACAAAAACGCAAAAUCUGUCGAUGAUGUCUCAGAAAUAUAAAAAGGAUGCGACAUACUUAAAUCGAAAAUCAAUGUAUUUGAAAUUGGGCGCCGCCGGUGUUGCUAUAGUAGUAUUUAUUUUGUACUUUUGGGUUUUGUAAUAAUUGUUAAAUGUUUAUUAAAAAGUAUGAUGAUAUAAAAAAUACUAACUAACUAUUGGUAUAGCGAAACAUUGUAUGCAUGCGUCAUCACAAUAUAAAAGUGCACGACAUAGGGAUAUUUUUGUGACAACCGUA